UUGGGGUCGGGCUUUAAACGCGGGAGGACUAAUUAAUAGGAGAUUAACUGGAGAGGGGCGGCGCCUGCGUCCGGCCCGCGCGGCGACAGUCCCUGCAGUGAGCGCGACCCGGCGGCGGGACAGGCUUGCAGCUUCCUCCUCCUCGGCCUCACCUCUUUUUCAGAGUCCAGACCAAAAUUGAAAAAAUGGUUGACCUCACCCAGAUAAUGGACGAUGAAGUAUUCAUGGCUUUUGCCUCCUAUGCAACAAUUAUUCUUUCAAAAAUGAUGCUUAUGAGUGCUACAACUGCAUUCUAUAGAAUGACAAGAAAGGUUUUUGCCAAUCCAGAAGACUGUGUAACAUUUGGCAAAGGAGAAAAUGCCAAGAAGUAUCUUCGAACAGAUGACAGAGUAGAACGUGUACGCAGAGCCCACCUGAAUGACCUUGAAAAUAUUGUUCCAUUUCUUGGAAUUGGCCUCCUGUAUUCCUUGAGUGGUCCCGACCUCUCUACAGCCAUCCUGCACUUCAGACUCUUUGUCGGAGCACGGAUCUACCACACCAUUUCGUAUUUGACACCCCUUCCCCAGCCAAAUAGAGGUUUGAGUUUUUUUAUUGGAUAUGGAGUUACUCUUUCCAUGGCUUACAGGUUGCUGAAAAAUAAAUUGUACCUGUAAAGAGAAUCAUCCAACUCAUUAUCCAGUUGGUUUUUUAAGAAUUCUCUACUUCCAAUUUAUAAUGAGUACUUUCUUAGGUUUUAGGUAGGAGAGGAACAGAGGAAUUACGAACUGGGGUAAACCCGUUUUGAAUAUUAGCAUUGCCAAUAUCCUCUAUUCUUGUUUUUACAUUUGGAUUAGAAAUUUAGCAUAAUAAUUCUUACGUCUUUUGUCUGAUUUUUUAAAGUACUUUCUUAUACAUUUGGAUCAUGUUAUGAUUUGUAACAUUCAUGCAGCACUUCACUUCUGAAUCUAUAAAAUAAUUGUGUGUAUGAGAAACCUAUAUUUCAACACUGCUGAAACGGACGUGAAAUAAAGAAUUUAAAGAAUGA